AUGACUAACACUCGUUAUUUCGUUUUUCUAGCAUCCGCCACAUCACAGUGUGUAGGGCCAGGCGCAAUAGUAUUCGCAUUAGAUGGCUCAGAAAGCAUCAAUACUACAAACUUUGACCUUUUGAAACAGUUUGUGAAAGCAAAUAUACAAUAUUUUCAAAUCGGGCCCAAUAAUAUUGAAGUUGCAGCUUUUGUGUUCAGCCAAGCAAUAGGGGAUGAAUUUCCUUUUGACGGUCAGGACACGGAUUAUACAAUUUUUGCCAAAAUCGAUGCGCUGAGACUAAUUCGAAUGGCUACGUUUACUGAUUUAGCGAUUACGGAGAUGAUUCGACUUCUUAUCCAGCCAAAUGUCCCCUCUCCCAAAGUGGGCGUGGUUCUGACAGAUGGUGAAUCGUACGACCAUGUGAAGACUCUGGCAGCCGCCGCCACUGCCCGCACCCUGGGGAUCACCCUUAUUGCCGUGGGUAUUGGUGUUAACCCUGGGUCAGCGGCGGCUGCGGAAUUGAUUGGCAUCACAGGAAACUCCGCACAGGUUCUGUUGAUUAAUGGAUACAGCCAGCUGGCGAACUUAACCGGAGUAGCUAUACUUAGCGAUUUACUUUGUCAAGCUAUAACAACCACUACAAGCACAACAACACCAAUCCCAACAACAACACCAAUCCCAACAACAAUCAGAACAACACCUCAACCAACGCAAACAUUACCUCCACUGACCACCGAAAAAUUACAGACUAGUAAAGUCACCAACCCCCUAUGUCAGGGCUGUAUUAUAGCGGAGGGUGUAGGGUACAACAGACAUGGAUCCGACUGCCAGCGCUUUGUCCAGUGCUACUUUGAGGAUGGAACAGCGGUUGCCAAGGAGAAGAAGUGCGGAUUUGGACAAUUUUUCUCGCUAUCUGAUCUGACAUGUGUCCACGCUGAGUUUUCUGACUGUCCAUAUGAUCCCUGUAUCGGGCAACCAAAUGGCGCCAGCUGGAACAUGGCAGAAAAUUGCCAGGGUUACUGGACAUGUAUAAAUGGUCAUUCAAUGCCUGCAUGCUGUGGUAACCAGACUAGAUACGUGCCGGGAACUGGUUGUACAGCUGACGUCACAUGCAUAGAAGCGUGCCCAUCCAAAACCUCCUCUGUACCAUUUGCUUGUGACACCCAGGCUGACCCCGACCCUAACUACUACCAGCAGAACGUUAGUGACACUUUGUUACGGCGCCGCUGUGCUCCCGGAACUCAGUACGACAGUGGAUCAUGUGGUUGUUCUAUCCUUGUCACAGUGGCGCCAUCUACAGCAUGUACUCCAAUGCUGUACCACUCCCAGUCCAACCAAUACUUCUAUGACGCCUAUAACGUGAUUCCAGUAGGAAUGAUCAAUGUGGCUGUCAGCACUGGGUCCUUGGGAUUUGGCGGGAACGGUGAGGUCAACAUUUGGCGCCUGGCAAAUCAGGACUUUCAUGAUGUGCUCGUCAUCCGAUUUGAACUGACGGUGGGGACAUCCGCCAUUCCAAGGACAGAACAGGUGCUCGUGAACUGCCUGCAUUCCAAUGGACCAAUGGCACCAGCUUCCGUAGACAUCCAGGUGAUCAAAACCCCCAGCGCAGCACAGCUAGUGUAUACAAUUAGAGCAGGCGGAUUGUCCAAAACGUUGACAUCCCCAAUCACGCCUGGUGUCGCUAGAGAAGUAGUAUACGCAUAUGAUGGAUCGGUGUUUGCUACAUAUUCUGGUCCAGGGACAGAAUCCUCUACCACACUCGUAGAAACACUUUGCAAUGGACGGGUCAAUCUGGUCAUUGGGAUGGACUCCUCCUCCAGCCUCACCUCAGUGCAGUUCUUACAGAUCAAGAACUUUACAGCGAACGGUUUAGUGAAACGUUUCAUGUACAAACACACCAUCGCCACAGUCGCAUUUGCUGAGAACGUAGAUAUCGUCACCGACUUCGGGGAACUGAACAGCGACAAAAUCAUGAUGUAUAACUCGAAUAGAAAUUUCCAGACUAGGAUUGAUUAUGUCAUCGGAAAUAUGACAGACAUGUUGGCUACUAGCCCACUGCUAAGCCCAAGUGUUCCUAAAGUGGCUUUGAUUUUAACUGAUGGAAAAAGCACGAGUGGUAUCGGGUUGCUCCACGAGUCAGCAAUGUAUGCGGAUAGAAAUAAUGUAUAUGUGAUGGCUAUAGGUGUGGGCGAUGAGGUUAACCUGUCUCCCGCUGAACUGACUAACAUGACCCAUGGUAUUAAAGAACACCAACAAAUCAUCCCAUACAAGGAACUGACUAAAUCCCUCGAUAAUGUAGUGGAGCAAAUCUGCUACCUCUCUCAAGAUGGAGCAGUAAGGACCGGAGGGAUCCGUGGACGUUACCUCUUUACUAUUGUCUUUGAUGUCACAAUUCAAAGCCUUGAUCAUACAAAGGAUUUGAUAUCCCGACUCUUAGAAUAUAUAGAGUUUGGUGAUCCAUCGGUGAAUCUUAUACUUGCCACCUUAGCUGAUGGACCUACUUCCAUCGGACGUUUCGACGAAACCGCCAGCAUGAUUAAAGUUAAAGACUUUCUAGAACACAUGCCGAGCAGAGAUUAUCGGUAUUUCGACCCUGUUCUGGCAUAUAAGAAAGUGUCGAGUGACUUCCUGUUUGCACCAAGCGAGUCAUCAAACAUUGCCUUGUUUAUAACGGAUAAACCCCUUAAUCUCAGAACUUUUGCAUCAACAAAGUCAUUUUUCAGCUCCAAAUCAAAGUCUUCCAAUGUCCAGAUGAUGUACGUGGGAAUAGGUUCGUCAGUAAAUCCGGAUAUGACUCUAACAUUGACCGAUUUUAGGGUGGCACACAGAAUUAUUGUUUCCAAGGAGUCACUUUUAACCAGUGGGUUGAAUAAUAUUGUGAGAGCUGUUGGCACAGUAUUUCAUGGACCAGCAGAAAUAUUGAUUGGAUAUAGCAACUGUCCACACACAUUCAAUGUUCAGAAAUUUAAUAAAUAUAAUACAUUUCUUGAAAAUGUUGUGAGAAAUAUCCAUAUGGGAUCCGACAACGUCCAACUAACGCUGGCGACCUACUGUACUGAAAUCAACUACAUCAGCAGCAUAAAAAAUUACAUGGUCACUUUUCACAUUCCAUAUGGUCUCCAACGUGGAGGUGUGAUAACCCAGUUACAGUGGACAACGGCAAACGUCAUAAGAGAAGUGCUGAAUCUGUAUAAUGAUAUAGAAUCGGACGUCAAGAUCGCCAUCGUCAUUAUUGCCGAUUCGUUCAUGGAGGAAGAUUUAACUGCGCUCCUGAAAGAGGCAGACCAUGACAAAGUUUUGAUUAUGCCUCUUGUCUUGUAUAACGAAAAUGCUACGACAGAAGGAUUGAAGGAAAAAGUAAAUAUGAUGGAUACAGCUAUACCACCAUUGUAUAUUUCCUGGGCAGAGUUGAUAUUUGAUGGAGCCAGUCAAACCAUGCAUUCGUUGCAAAAAUACUUGAUCGGCCAGAGGAAUGAUAUCCUUGUGUCGGCGUCUAGUAUGAAUUUAAAUGAUGAUCUUCUGAAAAAUUAUUUAAAGCUCUACGUCAGAGAGCUUCACAACAUCAAUCAAAAGGAAACCACUUCUAGUCUUCAGAAGAAAAUGAUAUCAGACAUUCAGACACACAGUAGGCGUGUGUUAAACAAUGACGUAAGGAAUACACACGCUGGUCUUCAUGGUAUUCUGAUGAGUUUUCUAUAUUCGGAAGACCGCUCUGAAAAUAGAGUAGGGUUCCUGAUUUCGAGAGGACCAUCGUCUAUGCCCACUGUCACCCGUUCUGCAGCACGACUUCUGAAGGACUCCAACGUUCAUAUGUUUGCUCUUGGUUUUGAAGUAGACAAGACUAGGGAUGGAGAGUUAAUGAUGAUAACAGGUGACAACACACGUAUCACAAAACUGUCGUCUGCUACCGAUAUUAUAGGAGCUAUUGCCUCAGUCAAGAACAUUAUGGAAUCUGUCAGUUUGGACUCAACGAAGACAACACACAUUUCUAUUGCCCUAGAUACGUCAUUAAAUGUGACGGAAACAGAUAUAAAAAAUCUCAAAGUGAUGAUAAACAUGUUCAGCAAGCUGUGGUCCAAAGGGAAGAGCUAUUAUUUGACGUUUGGGCAAUACAACAGAAAAUACCGUCCCGAGUUUGUCCGCCAGGUUCUGAACAAGGACACGAUAACAGAUGUAAUGCAACGGGUCUACGCCUUCAAACGCGAAAGUUCACGUGACAUAUAUUCACGUGAUUCAAUCACACCUCAAACUCUCCCACUUCACACGACGAUAAAGAGUUUACAUCAAAGAAUGAAAGAGUCGAAAACACAAAGCAGUUCACAAGUAGUGUUGAUGAUGUUCGACAAGGAACCGUCUGACAUACUGUUGACUGACAUUGCUCUCAGAGAAGCGAAGUUAGAUGGAGUACAUUUUGUGACGAUUCCAAUAGGAAUUGAAUCCUACCCUGACACAUUUACUUACAGUCUUCCCUUGUAUUCACUAGGAGACGCGAGUCCAAAAGCAAUGAAUGUAUUUGACAGCACUUUGCAAUCCGUGUUACCAAGAGGAAAAUUUGACAUACUUUUUGCAUUGGAUGCUGACUCAUUGGUGGCAGAUGAAGCAUUGAAAUGGAUGAAAGUGGCAACACAAUACUUAACGUCAGGAAUAUCUUCACGGUUUUCUAAAUACGGAGUUUCAACCUUUUCUGAUAAGAUCAUAAAUAUAAUUGAAUAUUCUGACUUUCAACGUCAUAUGUUGGUGUCUUAUAUGAAAAUUAUAAGCGACUUUACAAAACAUAUAUCAAUCCAACCAAAACCAAGUGUACUUAUCAACAAAUUAAAUGGUUUAAUUGAUGUUUCUAUGUCAACGGCUGCCAAAAUUGGUCUCGUUUUGAUGGAUGACGACACGGAUAAUGAUGGAGAUUUGAAGUCGUAUGCUUCUGAGGCUUGGUCAAAAGGACUAAAUUUGUUGUCUAUCGGUGUCGGUAGGCAUACUGAUCAACUAGAGAUGUCCACUAUCGCCAAAACCCAGACCGAUUACUACUUACAGCUUCAGGAUUGGGAAAAACUCAACACUGACGGAUUUUCUUGGGCGAUACGAACUUUUGAGAACUUGGAGCCGUUGCAUUUGUAUGUCACAACGACUGUCCCGUCAAUAACUACAGAACCAUCAACUGCAUCCACACCCAAUACAGUUGUCUUAGAAGAAUGCACAGGUUUGGUUGACAUUGCGUUCGCAAUGGAUGCAUCAGGGAGCUUAACCACAGAAAUGUUUAACGCUAUCAAACGGACUGUUGCUAACACCAUCAGUAAUAUAAAGCUCUCCAAUAAUGACGUAAAAGUUCGCGGAAUAGUAACGUUUGAUGACGAAGUCCAGGAGGUAGCAAAAGACAUCAGCGAUAAAGUGUCCUUGAGAAAACUCAUACUCGGGGCUGUCCACACUAAAGGGAUGACAAAAAUAGACCUGGCUAUUACCCGAUUAACAGAGUAUCUAAUGUCAGAACCAAAGAGGAAUGCACGAAAGGUAGGCGUGGUAAUUACUGACGGGAAGUCCAUGUAUCCACAGAAAACUCGUGAAAGUUCUGCAGCUGCGGUGAAGAACAAUAUUACAAUGGUUGCUAUGGGAAUUGGAGGACCUACCGACAUUUCUUACACAGAACUCAUGGAUGUCGCCAACAACAUAACACAUAAUUUUCUUUGGUUGAAGACCUUAACGUCAUUCUUGCAAAAUGGGACGCUGGUCUUGCAUGAGAGAAUCUGUAGAGUCACCGAAGGGGAAGAUCUCUCUACGACGGUAGUACCCACAGUGGUCACAAAAGAUCCCAACGACGCUGAAGAGUUGUGUGCUAAAUGUAACUGUAGAGGAAUGGUUACAGUCCCUGAUCCAAUGGACUGUAGCAAAUACCACAUCUGCCUGGACUCCCAGCUUAAGACUUCAAAACAGUGUGAUCCUGAGACGUUCUGGAACCCUACAUCCCAAACAUGUCAGCCACCCAUGCAAGCCAACUGCCAAUAUGACACGUGUGUACCAAACCUAGACCUCCAAUUCAACAGGCGAUCAAUUCAGCUGUGGAACGUGACCAUCGCAGAUGGACAGGGUGUGUUCGAUGGAAAGAAAACCAUGGUGUACAUUCGGAGGAUGGCUAAUCAUUACGCCCAUGACUUCGCUGUCAGAAUAUCCUUGAGAACAAUCGUUUACAAGGACAUGAUGUUAUUUGAAAAUUCAAAUUGCCAGGAAACGGACCUACCUAGUAUUAGAGUGUAUCUGAAAAGAUCAGGUGAGCUUCUGGGUGUUGUAGCUGAGAUCAAGACUGCCCACGGAUUUGUCAGACUCCAUCUACGGUCCAUGGCCAUCCGCUAUGGUUAUUAUACAACAUUGACUUUGGCUUCUGUGGAUCACAAAGUUGCCAUGUGGACCGCUUACGAUAAAGAAAGAAAUUGGAAGGCGACUUCACCAAUACGUGAAAGUGACGUCACAAUGAAGCUACCUGCGGAACCCCAUCUACACUGUGAUUCGCCGCUGUAUCUGGGCAGAGGAGCCGAUAAAGACCUGAGUCCAUUCAAGGGAACCAUAGACUUCUUUCAGUGGUACUACAGCUGCCUGCCAGCCGAUGUAGUGGAAUAUUUCAAACACGUGUAGUGGAUUAUCGUCUUGUGAUAUAUUUAUAGUACUUCAAUUACCUGCUAUGUGAUGUUAUAUAUGUCACUGUUGAUAAAUGUCCAUUUUUGAAUAAAUUAUAUAGCUCUGUUUUACACAA